CCGUCGGACGCCGCUGCCCGGAGCCCCUGAGCCGCCCGCUCGCGGGGAGCCUCGGUGAGUGAGAAAAUGUAGCGGAGCCCCAGCUCGGCGCGCACAGCCCAGCCCGGACGAGCGGCCCGCCCCGAGCGCCCCUCGGGCCAGCCUCAGCAUGUCCAAGAAGGGCGCGGGCGGCCGAAGCAAGGGGGACAAGGCUGAGGUCCUCGCGGCGCUGCAGGCCGCCAACGAGGAGCUGCGGGCCAAGCUCACCGACAUCCAGAUCGAGCUGCAGCAGGAGAGGAGCAAGGUCAGCCGGGUGGAGAGGGAGAAGAACCAGGAGCUCAGGCAGGUGCGCGAGCACGAGCAGCACAAGAGCGCCGUCCUGCUCACCGAGCUCAAGAGCAAGCUGCACGAGGAGAAGAUGAAGGAGCUGCAGGCCGUGCGGGAGACGCUGCUGCGGCAGCACGAGGCCGAGCUGCUGCGGGUCAUCAAGGUCAAGGACGGCGAGAACCAGCGGCUUCAGGCGCUGCUGCACGCCCUGCGUGACGGCGCCCCCGACAAGGUGCGCACCGUGCUGCUGUCCGAGGCCAAGGAGGAGGCCAGGAAGGGCUUCGAGGUGGAGAAGGUGCGGAUGCAGCAGGAGAUCUCCGAGCUGAAGGGGGCCAAGAGGCAGGUGGAGGAGGCGCUGACGAUGGUCGUCCAGGCCGACAAGGUCAAGGCCGCAGAGAUCAGGAGCGUGUACCACCUGCACCAGGAGGAGAUCUGCCGCAUCAAGAAGGAGUGUGAGCGGGAGGUCCGCCGGCUGAUGGAGGAGAUAAAAUUUAAAGACAGAGCAGUCUUCGUGCUGGAGAGAGAGUUAGGGGUUCAAGCCGGGCAUGCUCAGAGACUGCAGCUCCAAAAAGAGGCUCUAGAUGAGCAGCUGUCCCAGGUCAAAGAGACCGAUCGGCACCUGGGCAGCCCCAGACGGGAACUUCCUCACGCAAGCGGUGCAGGAGACGCCUCAGACCACUCGGGAAGCCCUGAACAGCAGUUGGAUGAAAAGGAUGCUCGGCGUUUCCAACUUAAGAUUGCGGAGCUGAGCGCGAUCAUCCGGAAACUCGAGGACCGCAAUGCCCUGCUGUCGGAGGAGAGGAACGAGCUGUUAAAACGUUUAAGGGAAGCUGAAAGUCAGUACAAGCCAUUGCUGGAUAGAAACAAACGCCUUACUCGGAAAAACGAAGAUCUGUCCCACACUUUACGUCGGAUGGAAAACAAGUUAAAAUUUAUCACCCAGGAGAACAUAGAGAUGAGACAGAGAGCUGGCAUCCUAAGGAGACCCAGUUCCUUAAACGACCUGGACCAGAGCCAGGACGAAAGAGACGUUGACUUCCUGAAGCUGCAGAUCCUGGAACAACAGCACCUCAUAGACGAGCUCUCCAAGACUCUGGAGACUGCCGGCUACGUGAAGAGCAUGUUAGAGCGCGAUAAGCUUUUAAGAUAUCGGAAACAAAGAAAGAAGAUGGCAAAACUCCCCAAGCCGGUUGUCGUGGAGACCUUCUUUGGAUACGACGAAGAGGCUUCCCUGGAAUCUGACGGUUCUUCCAUCUCUUAUCAAACGGACAGGACAGACCAGACCCCGUGCACCCCAGACGACGACCUGGAGGAGGGCAUGGCCAAGGAGGAGACGGAGCUGCGGUUCCGGCAGCUGACUAUGGAGUACCAGGCCCUGCAGCGGGCCUAUGCGCUGCUGCAGGAGCAGGUCGGAGGGACGCUGGACGCAGAGCGAGAAGUUAAGACCCGUGAGCAGCUACAGGCGGACGUGCAGGGGGCGCAGACACGGAUCGAAGACCUGGAGAAGGCGCUGGCGGAGCAGGGGCAGGACACGAAGUGGAUUGAAGAGAAGCAAGCGCUGUAUCGGAGAAAUCAAGAGCUCAUAGAAAAGAUUAAACAAAUGGAGACAGAAGAGGCUCGGUUAAAGCAUGAGGUCCAGGACGCGAAGGACCAAAACGAGCUGCUGGAGUUCCGGAUCCUGGAGCUAGAGGAGAGGGAGAGGAAGUCGCCGGCCAUCAACUUCCACCACACCCACUUCGUGGGCGGGAAGAGCCCCCUGCAGGCGUACUGCGAGGCCGAAGGCGUGAUGGACAUCCUGGUCUCGGAGCUGAUGAAGAAGCUGGACCUCCUGGGGGACAACGCCGUAAGUAAUCUGACCAAUGAGGAGCAAGUGGUCGUCAUACAAGCCAGGACAGUCCUGACCUUGGCCGAAAAGUGGCUCCAGCAGAUCGAAGAGACGGAGUCGGCCCUGCAGCGGAAGAUGGUGGACCUGGAGAGCGAGAAGGAGCUGUUCAGUAAGCAGAAGGGCUACCUGGACGAGGAGCUGGACUUCAGGAAGCAGUCCUUGGACCAGGCUCACAAGCACAUCCUGGAGCUGGAAGCCAUGCUGUACGACGUCCUGCAGCAGGAAGCCGGGGCCAAAGUGGCGGACACGCUGUCGGAGGAGGAGCGCGAGAAGCUCAGGGUGGCGGUGGAGCAGUGGAAGCGCCAGGUCAUGAGCGAGCUGCGCGAGCGGGACGCCCAGAUCCUGCGGGAGCGCAUGGAGCUGCUGCAGCUGGCGCAGCAGAGAAUUAAAGAAUUAGAAGAAAGAAUAGAAGCUCAGAAGAGACAAAUAAAGGAACUGGAGGAAAAGCUUUCAUUCUGUGGUCAUAGCUCUCCUGGGCACCCUGGCGUGCCCUCCGAGGAGCCAGACCCCUUUCCUCCAGCUGGACCAGAGAACAGCAGGUGCCCCAGUGGCAGAGGGAGAUGCCGCAUCUCAUUCCUGAAGACUCAAGAGGAUCUGGGCUCUGCAUAUCCCCUCCCGUCGAGGAAGAGGGAGAAAGGGGGUCUUUGAGCACCUCUGCGGGGGACUGUCCAUUUUGAUGAGCCAGAAUUAGAACUAGUUCUCUGACUGGGGCUCCUCUGAAGAGACCUUGUCUUGGCUGUGGACCCUGGGCUCCUUCCUCGGGACGCAGCCUCCCAAUCCUAGUUACAGGGAUGCGCGAGCCCCCUGCUGCACAGGUGUAAGAGCUGCUUCUGUGCAGGAGCCCCAAACUCCCACCCCCCUUUGUUCCCUUGAUGACAAAAGGUGUCUCAAAGGAAGAUUCCCAGAAACAACGCAGGCACCCCGCAAAAUGCCGCAAUGAAGCUGCCGCCACAGUGGUGACCUUCGUUCAGGGAAAUGGGGACGGUUCACGGAGCAUCUCAAGGACCGUUGCCCCGCGUCUUCCAGGACGGACGGGCUAUGAAGACGCUGCGACUCACUGGCUGGGGUCCUCAGCACUUACUGACCGACACAUCCUGCCACCCUGCCUCGUUGAUGACGCUGUCACUCGCGGGAACAGAACUGUGGCUGCAGCUUCCCGCCCUGAGCUGCGCCGAGGGACUGACCGAAGGGGUGACUGGGGAGCCUGGUAGUGGGAGCUGCGACCCGAGCAAUGGACCGACUGGGAAGGGGCCUGACCUCGUCGGAGACACAGGGGCCAGAGGACACCUCGGGCUGUGCAGCACCGCAGAGGCCCUCAGGCUGCAGGCGAGGCCGGAGCCACCCCGUCCAGAGCUCCAGCCUGCACGCUCGAGGGGCAGUGCCCGGCGAGGAUGACAGAGCCCCGGGGUUCUGCAGACGUGAGAAGGGGGCCCGACGCCCAGGUGGCCAGCAGAGAAGAAGCAGCACGUCGCUGAAGCCUACUUAGAGCGUGAUUUCCAUUACGCCGAGCGUCGUGGUCCACGGCCGGGGGGGUCUUCCCGCAUCUGGACACAGCCCGACUCGCGGCUCGGAGGUGGCUCAUCUGUGGACCUCGCACCCUUGGGGGCCUAAGGUUGUGCUGUCAGUGCUGAAUUUGCAAGGGGUACGCGCGCAUGUGUGUGUGCAUGCAUGAGUCUGUGUGUGCACACACGUGUGCUCUAUCAGAAGACAAAGCACAGGACUGGGCUUUCUGAGGCACCUAGAAGCUGACGUGCUGCGCAAUGAGAGUGCAGCCCGAUGAGAAUGUAACGGACAACAUUGUAUACAAGAAACACAAACUGCAUUGCCCAAUGGCUGGAGGGAGGUACGCCUGUGUUGUCUGGAAGUGUUAGGUUCACUUUAUAUUUGUGUCGGAAGAAAUGUUCAACUACAGUGCGGAUGACAGUGGCAGCCAGACCAGGAUGAAUUGGGAGAAAGCUUAUAGGAUCAGACAGACGUGCUUUUUUCUCUGGAGGGUGCAGGUUUUCCGCUGGGCAAUGCAUUGUUAAUCAACACUUGUCCAAGAAGGACACAUCCUUUCCAUUGUCAUUAAAGCCACAGGCACUUAGUCACUUGAACAAAAAACGGGGCCAGUUCACUGCUUCUCCAGCUGAGCUUGAAGUCAGGGUUUGUAUCUCAAGUCCGAAAUCUGGCUGAGUCCUUCCUGCAAACUUUAGUCUUGGUCUAAUGACGGCAUCGUCUUGGCACAUUUGUCAUACUCAGAACCAAACAGCAGACAAUAGUCUUGCGUGAACAAAAGCCACCGUGGAGCUAUGGAUGCACUCCCAGAUGGAAGCCUGAUGGACUGUAGGAUGGAAACAUGCAGAAGCACUCCACAGCUCCAAGCACUCCCUGUGGGCCUGCCUGCCCCAUGUGUACCUGCGCAGGGACAGCAGCGAUGCAGGUUGGCCAUUUCAGAUCCCAGAACGUGCAUGUGAAACGCAGAUUCACACCCCUCGAGUUUAUUUGGGUCAUCAUGAUUUUGCGUGUCGUACAUAUGUCUGGAGUUCUUCAUAUGCAACCCCACACCCCGGACACUCUUAAGCACAGCUUUGUAAUUUUUAAAAGAAGGCAAACUCUACAGGAAAGAGAAGCAUGUAAAUAUGUACCAAUGCUUAUGAAGUUGUUAUUGUCUGUAUGUAAAAAGGAUGUGCACUGGAAAGGGAAAAUGGCUCAAUGAAUGUUUUAAAUGACACUUCACGUACCAAAUUGCAUUUGGUACAUUCAGGAAAGCACACAUUUAGUUGCAAUGCCAAUUCUUCUCUUCAGAUAUUGUUCUUAUUCAUGUAUCAUAGGCACCUUCUUUUCAUCUGAUUACAAAAUCCAGCAUUUCAGGAUUGGGCUUUUGCAAAACCAAGAAGAAGAAGAAGAAAAGAAAAGAGAGAGAGAGAGAGAAAGGGGCAAAUAUGAGCAUUUGUCACUGAUUCCUGCUGGUCCAGUGAGCAUCUGAAGAAUUCAAGUAUUUUAUAAUAACAUGCGCUUUCUAAAUUCUAGAGUGUACCUUGUUUCAAAACCAGUGGGCUGGACUGAAUUCCCUGCGAGUAUUUGGGCUGUCUUACUGCUAGCUCUUCAAACAGGGGAAGCGUGUGUGUAAGUGUGUCACUCCCUAAUGGAGCAAGAGGAGGGACCCUGAAAGGUUGAAACACAGAAGUGUUUACUGUGUAACCGGGACGUGGACACGUAUACAGCAUAACAGUUAUCACCAUAAUCACUGUGUGCACAACACCCAGAAAAAACACAAAUGUGUUCAUUUGUCUAAACUACAAAUCCAUGUAAAUUUCAGCUUCCUUGUUGACACGGAUGUGUGUACCUCGCUUCCAUGGUCUAGAGCUCCAGUUGCUGAAGGACCCUGGCUCUUCCUUAAAGGGCUCUGCCCUCGAGGAACCUGUAGCCUUCAGGAGGCCCUGAGUGCCUUACAGGGCUGUGGACACCAACUCUGGCAGUCAGGAAGGAGGGUGUGCCGGGAGUGGGUUUGGAGGCGCUGUGACAUUAAUCUACACUGACCAUUACUGCAUCAUUGACCUUAAGAUGGAUUGUGUGUUUUAACACAGUAAUGGAUUUACGUUUAGGCUCAGGAAAAUCAAGCUGUAACUUAUGUAUCAAAUCAUAUAUUUAUUUACUGUAUAUUUUUAAAAAGCUUUAUUGUAAAUUUAUGCAAAAACGAAUGAGGACUUGUUUUCUCACAGCAAUGCGCCAGGCGGUAUUUGUGUUCCGUGAAGCAAUUCCUUAAUAAUCACACUCUAAACACCUGAUAACUCUGUUCAGUGCUAAACAGUAUUCAGAGGCCUAACAUAGGUUUGUAUGGUGAUCAACUACAAAAUUUUACACAUAUUUUUGUAUUGUGAUUCCUAUGAUAUAUACCAGAGAAUUUUUACUCAUUUGUAAAUUAUUGUACAGUUUUUAAUAAAAGGUUGUUUUAAGGCUUAGAAUAUCAAAGUUGUCCUCCUCACGAAGUGUUAAAGUUUGGACGUAUCGGCUAUGUUAGCCACUGCUGUGUUCCGUGUCCACUCUCUGAACGACAAUGCC